UCAGAAUCGCACUAGGCAAUUCGCACAAAUUGCUCUUCACAUCACACAACUCAUCAUCGCCGUCGCAACCAAGCUCUACGCCGUCGUAGCCUGGCCCAGCUACACCACAGCAUCGUGAACUUGUGAUAUUCUGCAGUGAAAGAGUGGAAGUAAUCUGCAAAUUGAUAUGUUGCCAAAACAGGGAAACAUUAAAUUUCUGGUCUUGAGGUGCUAAUUAGAGGACAAAUUGCAAAUGGCUACAUCUUUUAAUGGCAGUAAGAGUGGACACUGGAAGCAAAAAGAAUUGUGGUUUCUUGUGAUUUAUGCAAUCGUUUUCUAUGUUAUCAUCAUCAAUCGUUCGCUUCAACUCUCUUCUGAUCAUUACAAACAGCUAUUUGGCUUACGCCCUGGUUGGCUUUUACCUCGUCACCUCAAUGAUGUUUCAGAUGCUCAGUGGAGGAAUUUUCGGGGAAAUAUUCCUGUUCUUACUCUUGUCUUUGGAGUUUUCACUCUGCUAGCCAAAUUGAUGAGGGCUUUCUUUAAUUUGAGAGCAAGCGGAAUGUCUAUUCUCUGGCUUUUUUUUUCUUUGGCCUACUUAUCAUAUCUUCAUGGAGCAUGCAUUGUAUUUAUCCUAUCAAUAGCUACUGGUAAUUUUCUUCUAGUAAAGAUAUUUGCACAGAAGAAGUACUUUCCACUAGUAGUCUGGAGUUACAACAUAUUGUUUCUUCUCUGUAAUCGGAUUUAUGAAGGAUAUUCAUUCUCUGUAUUUGGGCAACAGUGGGCAUUUUUGGACAAUUACCGGGGCAGCUUUAGGUGGCACAUAUGUUUCAACUUUGUUGUUUUGCGCAUGAUAAGCUUUGGAUUGGAUUAUCACUGGGCUAAUCAAGAUUCUCAUUUUGAUCAGGAGAAGCAUUAUCAACGUUGUCAUGUUUGUAAAUCUGGAAAAUCUUGCUAUCAAGUUUUACAGGAAAGAAAUCUACACAGUGACAAGUUUGGAUAUAUCAUAUACCUUUGUUAUUUGGUAUAUGCACCACUUUAUAUUGCCGGUCCAAUACUGAGCUUCAAUGCUUUUGCCUCACAGCUAGAUGUUCCUCAAAACACUAAUUCAGUGAGAAAUGUAACACUCAAUGGUUUCCGCUGGGUAUUUAGUCUUCUCCUUAUGGAAUUAAUGACACAUCUAUUCUACUAUAAUGCCUUUGCCAAUAGUGGUUUGUGGAAGCACUUGUCUCCUAUGGACGUGUUCAUCAUUGGAUAUGGUGUCUUAAACUUCAUGUGGCUAAAAUUUUUACUGAUCUGGCGCUUUUUCCGUUUCUGGUCACUGAUAAACGGAAUUGAGGCUCCAGAGAAUAUGCCAAAAUGUAUUAAUAAUUGCCAUAACCUGGAAGGCUUUUGGAAAAAUUGGCAUGCUUCCUACAACAAGUGGCUUGUGAGGUAUAUAUACAUUCCUCUCGGGGGAAAUAAGAAAAAGCUACUAAAUGUGUGGGUUAUAUUCACAUUUGUUGCUAUCUGGCAUGAUUUAGAGUGGAAGCUUCUUUCAUGGGCAUGGUUGACGUGUUUAUUCUUUAUCCCUGAAUUGGUUUUAAAAUCAGCGGCCAAAGCAUUUCAGGCCCAAAGUUCUUUAGGAGAGUGCAUAUUUCGUGAACUCAGUGCUGUUGCCGGUGCAGUCACAAUUACUUGCCUCAUGGUGGCUAAUCUGGUUGGCUUUGUGAUUGGACCAAGAGGCAUUAACUGGUUGCUUUCUUCUUUCCUUCACGAGGAAGGGUUGCCUGUCCUUGGUGGCUUGCUUGUGACAUUUUACGUUGGAACAAAGAUUAUGUUCCACAUAGAUGAGGCAAAGCAAAGGUUACCCAGUACCUGAACUGGGACAAUUACUUUUGACCAUAAUACUUGGUGCAAUUAUGCAAACAUGUUUGGUGCUGGGAGUUUCAAAUCGAAUACAGAACAAUGUGCUUGACUUGGAUAUAUGUGGGUGCCUUUCUUUCCCGAUGUGUACAUCACAGUGGGAGCCACGCCUUCUGUUUUUUCACACCAUCUACUGUCACAGAAUACAUGGAAAAAUUAAAUAGUAAAUGAAUUGAGCUUGACACCUUAUUGGUUUUGUUCUCUUGUGUUGUUUUAAGGUAUGCUCUUGAGAUAUAUUCUAUUCUCGGGAGCUCCAAUAUGUUGUAAAACAGCUUUUCCCCUACAUUGUUACGGCUUGUUUGACCAUUUUGAUGAUUUUUGGUUUUACGUUAA